AGAAGUCUAGCAAAUUCCAAAUCCAGAAGCACCUUCGCUUUUGCUGAUAUUGCUUUUCUUUUUGGUCGCGCAGUUCGUCGUCGGUCGGAUUGAGAUUUUUCGGUUUUUCGUACGUUACUAAAGCAUCCUUGAAAGACAAAACAGAAAGAACAUGAAGCAUCGGAACUAUCGAGGACUCUCGUUAAGAAAGGAGUCCCGAUCGACUUCCUAGCAAGUGCUGUCUUUCUCUUCGUUGCCGUCCGUGGAGGCACGGCCAGCACGGCUCCAACCAGCGGCGUCGUGGAUCAUCGGCUACCCGUGGAACGAUGCCAGUGUCGGUACAUCGCUUUGCUUAUGCCGUGAAUCCCGCGUUUGGCAGCUGACCGCUUGGGCCGUGCGUGGGGGAUUUACCACUUCUCACUAGCCUCAGUCAUGACCGUCGAACACUCCUCCCUGGAUAACCACUGCAAAAAGCAGCAGCGUGAGGAGACAGCCCGGCUGGUGCUGAGCCAGCUGAAGGAGAUCACGGGGGUGGAGGAUGCGGCCAUCCUGGAGCAGGCCCUGGAGGCAAGCCGCACCCGCUCGGGGGACUACGACCUCUCCCAAGCCGUCAGCAUGCUCGUGGACGAGGACGCCACCGCUUCCCCGGCCGCCUCCACCCAUGGCACCCAGGUGGCAGCCAAGCCGGAACUGUCGGGCGACGGGGUAGCCUUAACGAGCAACAAUGGCGGUCCAUCAUCCUCGCCGCAGAAGCGGCCUGCCAAGGUGAUCGACCUCACCGCUGCUGAAGGAGAUGACUUGCAGAAGGCCAUUGCCCUCUCGCUACAGGAGCAGCAGGUGGCCGGGGUGUCUGCAGAGGAGCAGGACAUCAGCCGGGCCCUGGAGCAGAGCCUGGGGUCCGGGGGCAAGCGCAAGAGGGGAGCUGAUGCCUGGCAGGAUCCGGCCAAUCCCCACGAGCGCAGGCGCCAAGGGGACUGGCCCGUGGGCAUCAAAAACGUCGGCAACACCUGCUGGUUCUCCGCGGUGAUGCAGUCACUGUUUCACCUGCGCGUGUUCCGACGCCUGGUGCUGGCCUUCGAGCCCGUGAGCGUGCCGAGCGGCCAGCCGGCCCAGGAGCGGCGCAGCCUGGGGCUCAUGCAGGAGCUGCGGCCCCUGUUCGCCCUGCUGGGGGCCACCCGCCGCAAGUAUGUGGACCCCGGCCGGGCCCUGGAGCUGCUGCGAGAGGCUUUUGCCGGCUCGGGGGCCGGGGCCCAGGGAGGGUCCCAGGGCCAGCCCGCACCGGCCGCCCAGUCCCAGCAGCAGCAGGACGUCUCGGAGUUCACCCACAAGCUGCUCGAGUGGCUGGAGGAGGCCUUCCAGCUGGCACGCUGCAGCCCUGCCAGCGAGGUAGGGAUGCCCAAGCUAGACCAGACCAACCCCAUGCUGGACCUUUUCUAUGGGAGGUUCCGCUGCGAGGGAGAGAGCGAAGGUCUUCGCUUCUCCCGGGAGGAGGCCUUUGGUCAGUAUCCCCUGCAAGUGAGUGGCUUCAGUGACAUCCACGAGAGUCUGGAGGCAGCCACGACCAACCUGGAGCCCGAGGCUUUGACCGCCCCCGGGAUGCGCCGCCUGGGACAGGAGAGCUGGUUCACCAAGCUGCCGCCCGUGUUGGUGUUUGAGCUGUCUCGGUUCCGCUUCAACCAGCAGCUGGGCAAACCGGAAAAGAUCCACCACCAGUUGGAUUUUCCAGAGCAACUUUACCUUGACAGGUACAUGGAGUACAACAAGAACAUCACGCGUAGCAAACGGGAAGAAGUGCGCCGGCUUAAGGCCGAGUGGGAAAGACUACACAAGUGCCUCAACAAGUACAUCCAGUACGGUUCCGGUCCCAAGCGGGUGCCCCUGCAGGACGUGCUGCAGUACACCCUGGAGUUUGUGGAGACCAAGGCAGCUAUGCACAAGGCCGAAGACGUGGAGAUGGGCUCGCCUUCUUCCAGCCUGGGGCUGGGCUCCCCGAGCAGCUCCCCUCCCGACGAAGGUCACGCCCGCGACCAGAGCCCCCGGAGCUCCUUCGACGGGGGUCCCCGCCCUCGGCACGUGGCGGAGCCAGAGCUGCGCAUGCUGCAGACGUGUCUGCGGCGUUGGCGCACCGAAGUGGAGCACGAUGUCAAGGAGCUACAGGAUAGCAUGAGCCGGAUCCAAGCCACAAUUAAGGACAUCUACAAUGAGCCCUCCCUGCUUCAGGUGCCGUACCGACUGCAUGCGGUGCUGGUGCACGAGGGCCAGGCCGCCUCGGGCCACUACUGGGCCUUCGUGUACUGCCCCCGGAGGUCCGUCUGGCUCAAGUUUAACGACGUCACGGUGACGGAGGUGUCCUGGGCAGAGCUGGUGCGGGACUCGGUGGGCGGCCACCACUGCACCUCGGCCUACUGCCUGCUCUACGUGGACCGCAACAAUAGGGACCUCUUCGAUGAGGUGAAGGACUCGGAGCUGGAGCUGCCCUCCGACCUGGCGCAGUUUGUGGAGGAGGACAACGAGGCGUUCCGGAGAGAGCUGGAGCAGUGGGAUCGGUCCCACAAAGACUGCCCGGAUGGGGCCAGCAGCGACAUCGUUGUCACGCCACUCCAGCAGCAGAAGGAAUCUCCAGCGGCUGAGCGGGUCUGCAGCGCCGCGGAGUGGAGCGUUUCGGGGACCGCCGUGCCUUGGCCAGAAGUGCAGCUGGAGCAUGCGAGGCUGGCACAGGGCUCCUUCCAGGGAGUGCGACUGGCCCAGCUGGUGCCCACCCUGACAACGGAGGGCCCUCGCGCAGCCUUGGCCAAGGCCCUGGACCAGGAGCUGGCGCGCCUGCAGCGGCUGGCCAAGCACGCCCCCUGCGGGGAGGCCUCCCAGGAGCCCCGGCUGCACCACCCGGGGCUCUUCCUACUCCUCAAUGGCAUCCCCGUGCAGCCACACCUGCGCAGGGUCCUACUAGAGCAGUUCGCACACCCGGACCUCGAGGGGGACCCCACAGGGAGGCUCCUCAGGCAGGAGGCCCUGCAGUGCCUGGCACAGCUCAGGGGUGGCUCCGAGUCCGAGGAGGCGGCGGAGGAGGCAGCGUACCGGGGCUGGCACGCCCUGUACGCGCGCUUUCGGCAGCUGGCCACCGCCCUUGCCGUAGGGCUGGACCGGCUGUGGGCGGGGCGCCUGCCCGAGGCCCUGUCGCUGCUUGCGGGAGCCUGCGCCCUCAACGAGGCCCUGCAGGGGGGGCCGCCCCCGGCGGGGCCCAAGGCCCGCCACCUGGGCCUCAACCCCAGGCUGCUGGACCACUGCCGCAGGCUGGCGUUGCUGGAACUGAAUGAGAAGUGUGCCAGCCAGUUCGAGGAGGGCAGCCUUGAAGAGGGGCUCGAGGCCCUUCGGCUCAUGUCCCAGGCGGUGCUGCCCUGCCUGGCACCCCUGCUGGCCCCACAGGCGUCGUCCAGGGAUGCACGCGCCAUCGAGGAAGUCCGCAGCCGCUGGUGCGCCAUGCUGGGCCUCGCCAUGACCGAAGAGAAGCAGGAGCGGCUACAGGAACUGCUCAGUAAGCUGUUGGACCCCGGGGCAGAGCUCCCCGUCCCUGCGGUCGCCCCCCUGACCGUCCCACGCCUGCCCGACCUUGGGGCUGCCUUUGAGACCGCCAUGCGCCGCCUUACUGCCAGCGGACAGCUGGAGGCUGCCCUCUCUUCCGCCUCUUAGCCUCCUUUCUUUCCUUCUCAACUCGCAGUCCUUCUGGGCGCGGCCUUGACCGACCUGCGUCUUCGCCAGGCCGGUUUGGUUUUGUGCCAGCUGGCAGCUAUCAUGUCUGUAGUUAGUGCAAGACAUGCACGCACGUGCAAAGGGAAUCACGUUCGUGCGUCAGCCCGGAAGUUUGGUUGCCGUCGGGCCGCUGGAAAAGUCGUCAGACAAUCUGUGCCUGUGUCGGAGCGGCACUUAAGAUGCAAACUAAAAGUUUUGCGUCUUUUUUUUUGCUUUGGGAUUAGGCAGAAAGAUGGGGUCCCUAUUUUUCUUUUUUUUUUUUUCUUUUUUUUACUUGGGCUUCCACGUCCUCGAACAAACUAACUUACUCGCUAGGGUGCUGUUCCCCACCCUCUUCCUUCCUAACUCGAUUUUGUUUAGUUUGCAGUUGCGUGUGCUAGCUGCGUGUGCUAGGUUUAGCGACCCGUUUUUCUACGGUUUCGAACAUCUCUUUUUUUGGGGAUGUUAUCAAUUCUCCUUUGCUGUUUUCCUUAAGACACUGGCCUUGUAACUUCGAGGCACCCUUAGCUUUAGUUUGUCGAUUUGUGAGAACAAGUCUGCCCGAAGCUGUAGACUUUAUUGGGCAUUGCGGCAAUUUAUGUUUGAACAAAGUUUCUGGAUGCAUGGUACCUAGGUUUUUCUUCCAAUUCCGAUCACAGUUGUAGAGUUCUUUGCACUCUUUGCUUCUCUCUAACAUUGUGUAAAUUUUUGUGUACAAAUGUAAAUAAAAUCAUUGUUUCUGUUGCACUA